GCUCUCAACCAGUACCAUUAACGCCACCGGUCCGCAUCCCAGGGACGAGCUCGCGGAGCCGCGCAUGCAGGAAGAAAAGUACCCUCCAGAGUCAUCAUGACGCAGUCUUAGGAAACUUUUCCCAAGGAGCACAGGCAUCUUCCAGUCCGGGACGUUUUCUUUUACCCAGCAACUUUCACUUCCCCGAGUGUUUCCCUUUUCCAGUUUCCGAGCCGGUGUGAUGCCCGCCGGGAUGUUCAGCAUAGACAGCAUCCUGUCCGGCCGGCCGAGCUGCAAGGAGCCGCUGCUGCUGCACCGGGGCGGCCCGGUGGUGCUGUCCGCCGGCCUCACGGACUCUAUCUACACCGACUACAACGGACUGUAUUCGGCCGCGUGUGGGCCUUCUCCCCCCGGGAUUCAGUCUGUGAACGGGACCCGGAUAGGCUAUAACGGCUACUACUACGGACAGCUGCACGUCCAGGGCGCCGGCGGAGGUCCGCCGUGCUGCGGCUCCGUGCCGUGCCUCAGCCCGCAGCAGUGCCCCUGCAUCCCGGCAGGCUACGACAGCCCGGGCUCGGUGCUGAUCUCCCCGGUCCCGCACCAGAUGAUGUCCUACAUGAACAUGGGAAGCCUGUCGCGCACCGAGCUGCAGCUCCUCAACCAGCUGCACUGCCGCAGGAAGCGGAGGCACCGCACCAUCUUCACCGACGAGCAGCUGGAGGCUCUGGAGGGCCUCUUCCAAGAGACCAAGUACCCGGACGUCGGCACCCGGGAGCAGCUAGCCCGCAAGGUCCACCUCCGGGAGGAGAAGGUCGAGGUUUGGUUCAAAAACAGGCGCGCGAAGUGGAGGAGGCAGAAACGCUCUUCAUCAGAAGAAUCAGAGAACUCUCAGAAAUGGAACAAAUCGACCAAAGCGUCCGCAGAGAAACCCGAAGAGAGCAAAAGCGAGGUGGACUCGGACAGCUGAUACUAAAGCGACUGACACGGCCACGUGUGUGUGUGUGUGUGUGUGUGUGUACAUAUGCUGGUGGUGUGAUGAAACGUGUUGCCAUGUUGCACAGUUGUACAUAUCUACAUUUUAUUAUUGACUCUGUGUCCGCUAUUUAUAUUUAAUUUAAGUCUGUCUGUAACGUUACGCACGCCCGGGCACGUGACUGCUCUGUCUGAAUAUACGUCAUGUUAUAGGUGACAUUUUUAUGAGUAUUAAAUGUUGUAAUUCUGGUAUUUUUGCCCCUGUAACAUUGGAAGAGCUGUUCUGAAGAAGCGCGAUGUGUUUGUUAUUUUGGUUUGCGAACUAUAAGAAAGCCAGUUGAAAGGACAGCGAGUACAUUAAAUGCAAAUGAAACUUCA